GCCCUCAUUUUGAUUGGUUGAUGUUAUAAAACAGAUAGGGUAGAACGUGAGUUCCACGUGACAUUCCCUGGCUCAUCGAAUUAAACAAAUUUUUUUUAAAAAAAAAAAAAAAAAGAGAAAAUAGAAGAAAAAUUUUGCAGUCCCUAAAAAUCCGCAGCAGUCGUCAAUGGCGGUCCCUGCCGCUUCCUCAGCUGUUUCUCUUCAAAAAUUCGAAGCCUCCCUUCUCUCCAGAACUCCAUAUCGUCCCGCCUUUCUCCCCAGUAAUGCCCUCCGAGUACUCGCCAUGGCACCGAAAAAGAAGGUGAACAGGUACGAUAAGAAAUGGUCGAAGCAGUGGUAUGGAGCCGGAAUAUUCGUGGAGGGAAGCGAAGAAGUGGAAGUGGACGUGUUCAAGAAGCUGGAGGCGAAGAAGGUGUUGAGCACCGUGGAGAAGGCGGGGCUGUUGUCCAAGGCGGAGGAGCUAGGGCUUACUCUGUCGUCCAUCGAGAAGUCGGGGCUUUUCUCGAAGGCGGAGCAGCUGGGGUUGCUCAGCCUCCUGGAGAGGGCCGCGAGCGUCUCGCCGUCGGCGUUGGCCUCGGCGGUGCUGCCAAUCUUCACGGCGGCGAUCCUGGCGGUGGUGCUGAUCCCGGAUGACUCGGUGGGUCUGGUGGCGGUGCAAGCGCUGGUGGCGGGUGCGCUCGUAGUCGCGGCGGCCGGGUUGUUCGUCGCAUCGGUUGUUCUGGGCGGGUUGCAAGAGGCCGAUUAAUUACUAAUGAGUGGGUUUGCCAAAAGUAACUGCUGCUGAUCUGACACCCCACAAAAUGUUUUUCAGUAUUUUUUAUCUUUAAAAUCAUGCUGUGCUCGUGUUAGGAAUUAGGACCACGCGUUUUACUUUUUCUUUUCUUUUCUUAGCUACUUGGAAGUGUUACAAUCUUCAUUCUACAAAUAAGGCAUGUAAAUUGGGCAGGGAAAGUGAGAACUUAGGUUACAUUUUGUCGGAAUAAAUAAAUUUUGUAAUGAAAUUAUGAAAUAGGGCUGAAUUAAAUAAUAUAAUAUUAAAAAUUAAGAAUAA